AUGUCCGACCGCCAUUACUCUGACCCGUCUGCGAGGGCCGCCGCCGGCACGUCUACCAAUGCGGCGAGGAACGGUCAGCCGACUCCUCGCUGUCCAGUGCGUCGGGAGACAUCAUCGUUGGGUUCUCCGCUGAUCCUUGAAAUGACACAAGAAACCGAGGCCGAGGGUCGCCAAGAGUCCUGGACGCAACAGAUCCAGCCACAGACAGAUGCUCAUGAUCCGGCAGGCUUUCCUCAAAGCGAAAUGCCGCCGCUGCGAGGCUAUCGGGCGGCAGUCUACAGCCUGGCUGAUUGGGGCAUGGAGCGAAGGGCAAGGGGAAGUCGCUGGUUCGGCCCGGCCGGUUUCUUUUGCGAGUCACAGGGCACCCGUGCUGUCAGUUCUGAGAACGUCCAAGACUUCGACGAUAACUCAGCACACGAGACCGCAGACUCCGGCGCCGUCAUCAACCCCACUGGCACCCCAUUUCGCCCGUCCAGGAUGCGGCUGGUUGUCGAGGGCGAGGUCCCGGAUGCGCCGCGCGCGCCAGUUCGAACCAUGGAAGCUCUGGGUGUCUCUUGGAACUACCGAGGAGACAUUUUGUCCGGGAGAAUCUUCCGUCAGAUCGGCCGCGUGUAUUGUACUGUCAUCUCGCCGCCCAACCAGGAGGCGGGUUGGCCCACCGCGGCCGCAAAAAUUGUCUUUUUCGAGGAAGCCGCAGCGCGGCGGUUCUGGGAUUUCUAUGGGAGGGAGGGCACCCAACGGCGCCCAUUUGUUGUGGGCGGCUUGACGGCCAUAGUCGAGCGCAACCGAACGAGGGCAAUGGUGAAUGUUAAGGCACUCUUCGCCGAGUUCACCGCCAACUUCUACUUCGAGAUGGACGAGAUCCUCGUCUCAACCGAGAUCCGGCACACUUACUAUGGCGUUCAACUCUUCCGGACUGCCGAGUUUCGAUUUGGCAGCUUCCGUGCCCAAUCCCAGAAUGCCUUCCGCCUUCUUAAUGGACGCCCCGGCUUAUCGAUCAGGUACGGCCGAGACCCCUGCGCUCUGUGA